AUGGCUUUGCCGAGGAGCCCCCUGAGUGCCGUAGCACAACCCAGAGCCCUGGAGGAGAGGCUGGAGGCGCUGAGCCAUGCGCUGGAUGAGCUGCUGUCCCGCGGUGGCUGCACACAGUGCGGGGUCUGCAGGAAACACGCAGAGAUGCAGGAGGAGCACAGCCGCCGCAUGGACUCCCUGGAGCAGCUGCUGCUGGGGAUGAAGGACCCCCAGCAGGGACCACCUGGGGCCAAGAAGGAGAAGCGGUGGCCACCGCUGAGCCGGGAGGGGGCAGGGCGCACUCUGUUCUUCGGGCGUCGGCAGGAAUCAGAGCGGCUCGGGGCAGCGCAGUACUUCCGCAGCCCCCGAACAAGCGGGGGCAGAGAGGAGGCGGGAGAGACACGGCUGAAGAAGGACACACUACGGGUCGGCACCCAUCACACGGAAGAACCACACGUGCGCAGCACCACCUACAGGGCCCUGUUGGGAAGUGCGCUGACAGACCACGGGCCUGACGAACUGAGAGCGACGCCCCCCGGGGCCCCAAACCUGGCCCCAGAAAUGCUGCUGGGGGGGACGGUCUCCGAGGCAACAAAGGAGGGCAGAGCUUUCAGUUUGCAAAGAAUCCAGGAGCCAGAGGUGGCGCACCCUCUGGUGAAGGCAGACACUGCAAGUCCGGGGAGUCCAACGGCACAGGGGCAACAGCCACAGGCCUCCGGCAUACAGAUCUGGAUCAGUCCACCUGUCGGUGGUGCCGAGGUCCAGGACAGACCCAGGUCUCCGCCAAGAACCUGCUACAAGGUCAUAGAUGACGACCCCCCAGGACCAGCACCCUUCCCUCAUCGCAUCGUGUCCCUGAGGCCCGGUCGACCCUGCGACUCACUCAGCAUCGACACCCAGGGGGUUCUGGGCGGCGGUCGCUUUGGCCGAGUGCACAAGUGUACAGAGAACGCAUCUGGACUGAAGCUGGCAGCGAAGGUCAUAGCAGCGCGCAGCGCGAAAGAGAAGGAGAUGGCGCUCAACGAGAUACAGGUGAUGAACCAGCUGAGCCACGCCAACAUCAUCCAGCUCUAUGAUGCCUUUGAGUCCAAGAACGAGGUGGUUCUCGUCAUGGAGUACUUGGAGGGAGGAGAGCUCUUCGAGAGGAUUGUGGACGAACGCUCUCCGCUCACCGAGGUAGACGCCAUCAUCUUCCUGAAGCAGAUCUGCCAGGCCAUCCAGUACAUGCACCAGAUGUACGUCUUGCACCUGGACCUCAAGCCCGAGAACAUCCUGUGCGUGAACCGCACUGGGCACCAAGUGAAGAUCAUUGACUUUGGACUCGCCAGGAGGUACAAGCCGCGGGAGAAGCUGCGUGUUUCCUUUGGGACUCCUGAGUUUCUGGCGCCGGAAAUUGUCAACUUCGACUUUGUGUCCUUCCCCACGGACAUGUGGACAGUAGGCGUGGUCACCUACAUGCUCCUCAGCGGACUGUCCCCAUUCUUGGGGGAUGACGACAGUGAGACCCUGAACAACGUGCUCACCGUCAACUGGGCCUUCGACGACGAGGCCUUUGAACACGUCUCCGAUGAAGCCAAGGACUUUGUGUCCAACCUGCUUAUUCGAGAGAGGAGCGGGCGCCUGAGUGCGAGUCAGUGUCUGAAGCACCCGUGGCUCUGCAACAUCUCGGAGAAGGCCAAGCGCAGCAACAUCACGCUCAAGUCGCAGGUGCAGCUCAAGAAGUACAUGGCUAGGAGGCUCUGGAAGAAAAACUACAUUGUGGUGGCGGCUGCCAACAGGUUCAAGAAGAUCAGCAGCUGCGGCUCUCUCACCUCCCUGGGCAUCUGAGGACUCUGAGCUGAGCUUUGAGCGACGCACCUUGCGGUGACCCCUGUAAACCUGCUGGCUCGCAGUCGGGGUUCCAGCCCUGAGAACAACACUCCAAGCCUUGACCACAUCCUCAAGAGUUCCAAAGCCCAAGACAUUUUGGAUCACGACUGUUUACGUUAUAAAGGGUUGUUAUAAGUUAUAGGUUAGGGUUACCAUUGGUUCCAGUAGGUUAUUGUACAGUGUGAACUUGUUUCUUCUUCUAAUUUGUUGUGUUUGUAAUUUGCC